CGAACGCUCACGUAGUAAACGAACGGAUGGCAGGGUGAUUAGCGGUAAAAAGAAGAAGAAAAAAAAGAAAUCGGACUCAACUCGCUAACGGGAUCUGGUGCUAUAGAUGAGCUGAAAGCGGUAUAUCGCUGUAAUGCUGUCCCGUUGACCCAGCCGCGCGCGUCGUUCCCAAACACUUACCACAGCGAAGGUGUGGACCAGUGUGUGUGUGAGACAUGUCAGAUAAGAUGUCCAGUUUUCUGCACAUCGGGGACAUCUGCUCCCUGUAUGCAGAGGGCUCCACCAACGGUUUCAUCAGCACUCUGGGGCUGGUAGAUGACCGCUGUGUGGUACAGCCCGACACAGGGGACCUGAACAACCCCCCCAAAAAGUUCAGAGAUUGUCUGUUCAGGUUGUGUCCUAUGAACCGGUACUCUGCUCAGAAACAGUUCUGGAAGGCAGCGAAGCCUGGAGGAAACAGCACCACAGACACGGUCCUCCUCAACAAACUGCACCAUGCAGCAGAUUUGGAAAAGAAGCAAAACGAUUCAGAAAAUAAAAAGUUGCUCGGAACGGUGAUUCAGUAUGGGAACGUCAUUCAGCUCCUCCAUCUGAAGAGUAACAAGUACCUGACAGUGAACAAGCGUCUGCCUGCGCUGCUGGAGAAGAACGCCAUGAGAGUGAUGCUGGACACGGCCGGGAACGAAGGCUCCUGGUUCUACAUUCAACCCUUCUACAAGUUGCGCUCCAUAGGAGACAGUGUGGUGAUAGGGGACAAGGUGGUCCUGAACCCUGUGAAUGCUGGCCAGCCCCUUCAUGCCAGCACCCAUCAACUAGUGGACAACCCAGGAUGUAACGAGGUGAACUCGGUCAACUGUAACACCAGCUGGAAGAUCGUGCUGUUCAUGAAAUGGGGUGACAAUCAGGAGAUCAUUCUAAAAGGGGGUGACGUGGUGCGCCUGUUCCAUGCAGAGCAGGAGAAGUUCCUCACCUGUGACGACCACCGGAAAAAACAAUAUGUCUUCCUGCGCACCACUGGACGCCAGUCUGCUACCUCGGCAACUAGCAGCAAAGCCUUAUGGGAGGUGGAGGUGGUGCAGCAUGAUCCAUGUCGAGGUGGAGCUGGCUAUUGGAACAGUCUGUUUAGGUUCAAACACCUGGCCACUGGACACUACCUGGCUGCAGAGAUGAACCCUGACUAUGAGGAAGAGCGCCUGGAGUUCCGCUCCUCACUGGACUCUGAGCAGGUGGACCUCCGCGCCCGCCUCAGGAACCCCCAGGAGAAAGUCAUGUACACCCUGGUGUCUGUCCCUGAUGGCAAUGACAUCUCCUCCAUUUUUGAGCUGGACCCAACCACUCUGAGAGGGGGUGACUCCCUAGUACCCAGGAACUCGUACGUGAGGCUCAGACACCUAUGCACCAACACAUGGGUCCACAGCACCAACCACCCAAUCGACAAGGAGGAGGAGAAACCUGUCAUGCUACGCAUUGGCACGUCUGCACUGAAAGAAGACAAAGAGGCUUUUGCCAUCGUACCUGUUUCGCCCGCCGAAGUCAGAGACCUGGACUUUGCCAACGAUGCCAGUAAAGUGUUGGCCUCCAUCGCAGGCAAACUGGAGAAGGGCACCAUCACUCAGAACGAGAGAAGGGCGGUGACCAAGCUUCUGGAGGACCUGGUGUUCUUUGUGGUGGACAUCCCCAACAAUGGCCAGGAUGUUCUGGAGAUCAUGGUCAACAAGCCCAACAGAGAGAGACAGAAACUCAUGAGGGAACAGAACAUCCUCAAACAGAUCUUCAAGUUACUGCAGGCUCCAUUCACAGACAGCGGGGAUGGGCCCAUGCUGCGAUUGGAGGAGCUGGCCGACCAGCGCCACACACCCUUCAGACACAUCUGUCGCCUGUGUUACCGCGUGUUACGCCACUCUCAACAGGACUACCGCAAGAACCAGGAGUACAUAGCCAAGCAGUUUCGCUUCAUGCAGAAGCAGAUCGGUUAUGAUGUUCUAGCUGAAGACACUAUCACAGCCCUGCUCCACAACAACCGCAAGCUGCUGGAGAAGCACAUCACUGCUGCAGAGAUAGACACCUUCGUCAGCCUCGUCAGGAAGAACCGGGAGCCCAGGUUCCUGGACUACCUGUCUGACUUGUGUGUGUCUAUGAACAAGUCUAUCCCUGUAACCCAGGAGCUCAUCUGUAACGCAGUCCUGGACCCCACCAACGGAGACAUCCUCAUAGAGACUAAAUUGGUGCUGUCAAGGUUUGAGAUUGAGGAAGCGUCCAUCGGAGAGAACUCCGUGGAGUCUGAGGAGGACGAGGAGGAGGUGUGGCUAUUCUGGAAGGACAGCAGUAAGGAGAUCAGAAGUAAGAGCAUCAGAGAACUUGCCCAGGAUGCCAAGGAGGGCGCCAAGGAGGACCAAGAGGUGGUCAGCUACUACAGGUACCAGCUGAACCUGUUUGCGCGGAUGUGUCUGGAUCGUCAGUAUUUGGCCAUCAAUAAGAUCUCUGGCCAGCUGGACGUGGACUUGAUCCUGCGCUGCAUGUCUGAUGAGGACCUGCCUUACGACCUGCGCGCUUCCUUCUGCCGAAUGAUGCUGCACAUGCAUGUGGACCGCGACCCCCAGGAACAGGUCACGCCUGUAAAGUAUGCCCGCCUAUGGUCUGAGAUCCCCUCUGAGAUCGCCAUUGACGACUAUGACAACGACGGUACAUCCAAGGAUGAGAUCAAGGAGCGUUUUGCCCUGACCAUGGAGUUUGUCGAGAACUACCUAAGAGACGUGGUGUGUCAGAGCUUCCCAUUCUCCGACAAGGAGAAGAACAAACUCACCUUCGAGGUAGUGAAUCUAUCCAGGAACCUCAUCUACUUUGGCUUCUACAACUUCAGUGACCUGCUGAGGCUAACUAAGAUCCUACUGGCCAUCCUGGACUGUGUCCACGUUAGCACCAUCUUUCCCAUCAACAAGCUGGAGAAGGGAGACGAGACUAAAGGCAGUAACGUGAUGCGCUCCAUCCACGGAGUGGGGGAGCUGAUGACCCAGGUGGUCCUGAGAGGAGGGGGUUUCCUGCCUACCAACCCCAUCAACCCCCCCAACGGGGACCAGGUCAAGACACAAACAGAGCCGGAGAAACAGGACAUCCUUGUCAUGGACACCAAGCUCAAGAUCAUAGAGAUACUACAGUUCAUUCUGAAUGUGCGACUGGACUACCGGAUCUCCUGUCUGCUGUGUAUCUUUAAGAGGGAGUUUGAUGAGAGCAACUCCCAAUCUGAUCUGUCUAUAGCAGGAACCCACGAGGGACCAAACAACAUGCCAGGAGCUCUGGACUUUGAGAACAUAGAGGAGCAGGCAGAGGGGAUAUUUGGUGGAAGUGAGGAGAACACCCCUUUGGACCUAGAUGACGAUGGUGGUAGGACCUUCCUGAGGGUCCUGCUCCACCUGACCAUGCAUGACUACCCUCCCCUGGUGUCCCGAGCCCUCCACCUGCUCUUCAGACACUUCAGCCAGAGACAGGAGGUUCUACAGGCCUUCAAACAGGUCCAGUUGCUGGUGACCAGUCAGGAUGUGGAGAACUACAAACAGAUCAAGUCAGACCUGGACCAGCUACGCUCCAUUGUGGAGAAGUCUGAGCUGUGGGUCUACAAGAGACUAGGGCCAGACGAGGGCAUGGACACUGGGGAACACUCUGCCGAGUCUCAACACAAGAAGGGUGACUCCAACUCAAGUGGCUCAGACAAACCAAAGAAACCAGAGAGCACCAGCAGCUACAACUACAGAGUGGUGAAGGAGAUUCUGCUGCGUCUCAGCCGGUUGUGUGUUCAGGAGAGUCUGUCCGGCAGGAAGAGUAAGAAGCAGCAGCAGAGACUCCUCAGGAACAUGGGGGCCCACACCGUGGUGCUGGAGUUACUGCAGAUCCCCUAUGAGAAGGGGGAGGAUGUGCGUAUGCAGGAGAUCAUGAAACUGGCCCACCAGUUCCUGCAGAACUUCUGUGCAGGGAACCAGCAGAACCAGGCCUUGCUUCACAAACACAUCAACCUGUUCCUCAACCCUGGGAUCCUCGAGGCAGUCACCAUGCAGCAUAUCUUCAUGAAUAACUUCCAGCUGUGCAGUGAGAUCAAUGAGCGAGUGGUGCAGCACUUUGUCCACUGCAUCGAGACGCAUGGCCGCAACGUCCAUUACCUCAAGUUCCUGCAGACCAUCGUCAAGGCCGAGAGCAAGUUCAUUAAGAAGUGUCAAGACAUCGUCAUGGCUGAGCUGGUGAAUGCUGGUGAGGAUGUGCUGGUGUUCUACAACGACCGUGCAUCCUUCCAGACCCUGGUGACGAUGAUGCGGUCAGAGCGGGACCGUAUGGAUCAGAACAGUCCUCUGAUGUACCACAUUCACCUGGUAGAGCUGCUGGCUGUCUGCACUGAGGGAAAGAACGUCUACACUGAGAUCAAAUGUAACUCUCUGCUGCCUCUGGAUGACAUAGUGAGGGUGGUCACCCACGAGGACUGUAUUCCUGAGGUGAAGAUAGCCUACAUCAACUUCCUGAACCACUGCUAUGUGGACACAGAGGUGGAGAUGAAGGAGAUCUACACCAGCAACCACAUGUGGAAGCUCUUUGAGAACUUCCUGGUGGACAUCUGCAGGGUGUGCAACAACACGAGUGACCGCAAACACGCCGACACGGUCCUGGAGAGCUACGUGACCGAGACAGUCAUGGGAAUCGUGACCACCUUCUUCAGCUCACCCUUCUCCGACCAGUCCACCAGCCUGCAGACCAGACAGCCUGUGUUUGUUCAGCAGUUACAGGCAGUGUUCAGAGUGUAUCACUGUAACUGGCUGGUCCCAGUUCAGAAGGGCUCAGUGGAGAGCUGUAUCAAGGUGCUGUCUGACGUGGCUAAAGGGCGAGCCAUCGCCAUCCCAGUGGAUCUGGACAGCCAGGUGAACAACCUGUUUGUGAAGUCCAACAACAUCGUCCAGAAGACAGCAAUGUCCUGGAGAAUGUCUGCCCGCAAUGCUGCCCGCAGAGACUCUGUACUGACCGCUUCACGAGACUACAGGAACAUCAUUGAGAGACUGCAGGACAUAGUGUCAGCUCUAGAGGACCGUCUGCGUCCGUUGGUCCAGGCUGAGCUGUCUGUCCUAGUGGAUGUGCUGCAUCGGCCAGAGCUGCUCUUUCCGGAGAACACAGACUCCCGCAGGAAGUGUGAGAGUGGCGGAUUCAUCUGCAAGCUGAUCAAACACACCAAGCAGCUGCUGGAGGAGAAUGAGGAGAGGCUGUGUAUCAAAGUCCUGCAGACCCUCCGAGAGAUGAUGACCAAAGACCGAGGAUACGGAGAGAAGCUCAGGUCCUUUAAUGAUGAGAUGGAUAUGCCAGAGCAGCUGGAUCUCAACCAGCCACAGAAAAUACUGGACGACCAGAGGAGGGGUGAGGCGCUGAGGCAGAUUCUGGUCAACCGUUACUAUGGUAACUUCCAUAGUAGGAGUGCUGGGCGGAGGGACAGCCUGACGGCCUUCAGCAACGCAACCCUGGUUCCAGUAGGACCCGGCAAGAGCCAAUCAGGUCUUGGUGGUAUGGGGGCCCUGAGUCGAGGCGAGAUGAGCCUGUCAGAGGUACAGUGUCACCUGGACAAGGAGGGAGCCUCCGACCUCGUCAUAGACCUCAUCAUGAACACCACCAGUGACCGCGUCUUCCAGGAAAGCAUCCUAUUGGCCAUCGCCCUGCUGGAGGGUGGGAACACCACCAUCCAACAUUCCUUCAUCUGCCGUCUGACGGAGGACAAGAAGUCCGAGAAGUUUUUCCGUGUGUUCUAUGACCGGAUGAAGCUUGCCCAGCUGGAGAUUAAAGCCACGGUGACGGUCAACACCAGCGACCUCGGCAACAGGAAGAGAGACGACGACUCCCCCGACAAGGAUAUGCCCGUCCGCAAGAAAGCCAAAGACUCAGCGGUACUGGUGACAGAUGAGGCGAGAGAGCAGCUGCUGGAGGCCUCGUCGGCCACUAAAAAAGCCUUCAACUCAUACCGCCGUGAGGCCGACCCCGAUGACCACUUCUCUACGCCUGAUGGCACACCCAGUACCGGGGACAAGGGCCAGGAUGAUGGAGAGAUGAGCUUUAUCAUCGUCAUCAUGCAGCCUAUCCUGCGCUUCCUCCAGCUGCUCUGUGAGAACCACAACCGAGACCUGCAGAACUUCCUUCGGUGUCAGAACAACAAGAACAACUAUAACCUGGUGUGUGAGACACUGCAGUUCCUGGACUGUAUCUGUGGCAGCACCACGGGAGGCCUGGGGCUACUAGGACUCUACAUCAAUGAGAAGAACGUGGCUCUCAUCAACCAGACAGUAGAGAGCCUGACAGAGUACUGCCAGGGACCCUGCCAUGAGAACCAGAACUGCAUAGCCACCCAUGAGUCCAACGGCAUUGACAUCAUCAUCGCUCUGAUCCUGAAUGACAUCAACCCACUGGGGAAGAAGAGGAUGGACCUGGUGCUGGAACUCAAGAACAAUGCCUCCAAGCUGUUGCUGGCUAUCAUGGAGAGUCGCCAUGACAGUGAGAACGCUGAGAGAAUCCUGUACAACAUGAGGCCAAAGGAGCUGGUGGAGGUGAUCAAGAAGGCCUACCUGCAGGGAGAGGUGGAGUUUGAGGAUCCCGAAGAGGAGGACGAUAGUGAGGAGGAAGAGGAGCAUGAUGCUGCAUCCCCCAGGAACGUAGGCCACAACAUCUACAUCUUGGCCCACCAGUUGGCGCGCCACAACAAGGAGCUGCAGGUGAUGCUAAAGCCAGGCGGGACCAACGGAGAGGGAGACGAGGCUCUGGAGUUCUACGCCAAACACACUGCUCAGAUAGAGAUCGUGCGUCAUGACCGCACCAUGGAGGAGAUAGUGUUUCCUGUGCCCAACAUCUGUGAGUUCCUGACCUGCGAGUCCAAACUGAGGGUGUAUUACACCACAGAGAGGGACGAGCAGGGCAGCAAGAUCAACGACUUCUUCCUCAGCGCUGAGAACCUCUUCAAUGAGAUGAACUGGCAGAAGAAACUACGAGCCCAGCCUGUGUUGUACUGGUGUUCCAGAAACAUGUCAUUCUGGAGUAACAUCUCCUUCAACCUGGCCGUCCUCAUGAACCUGAUGGUGGCCUUCUUCUAUCCCCUGGAAGGGUUGCGUGAAGGUACCCUGGAGCCCCAGCUGUCUGCCCUGCUCUGGUUGGGUAUGUUGGCAUCGUUGGCUAUCGUGGUGGCCAUGCCCAAGCACCUUGGGGUUCGCACCCUCAUCAUUGCCACCAUCCUCCGCCUCAUCUUCUCUGUGGGCCUGGAGCCCACCCUCUUCUUGCUUGGAGCCUUUAACGUGUGUAAUAAGAUCAUCUUCUUGAUGAGUUUUGUGGGGAACAAAGGGACGUUCACACGGGGCUACAAGGCCAUGAUCCUGGACGUUGAGUUCCUCUACCACCUCAUGUACCUCAUCAUCUGUAGCCUGGGGGUCUUCGUCCAUGUCUUCUUCUACAGCCUACUGCUCUUUGACCUGGUGUACAGGGAGGAGACUCUACUGAACGUGAUAAAGAGUGUGACCCGUAACGGUCGCUCCAUCGUGCUGACAGCAGUGCUGGCCCUCAUCCUGGUCUACCUGUUCUCCAUCGUGGGGUACAUCUUCUUCAAGGAUGACUUCAUCCUGGAGGUGGACCGCAUCCCCAACACCACUCUGGAGAACGGGGUCAGUAUGCCCAAUAAGCUGGUGUCUGAUGGGAUGUGUCGGUCUGAGAGUGGAGAGAACAACUGCACCACAGAGCUUCAAGUGGAUGACUUGUUGGAUGACAUGGAGGAUGGCAAGGAGCGUACAUGUGACUCUCUGCUCAUGUGUAUCGUCACUGUGCUGAGCCACGGCCUGAGGAGUGGAGGGGGGGUGGGAGACGUCCUGAGAAAGCCCUCCAAAGAGGAGCCUCUGUUUGCGGCCAGGGUGAUCUACGACUUGCUCUUCUUCUUCAUGGUCAUCAUCAUCGUCCUCAACCUUAUCUUCGGAGUCAUCAUCGACACCUUUGCAGACCUGAGGAGUGAGAAACAGAAGAAGGAAGAGGUCCUGAAGACCACCUGCUUCAUAUGCGGUCUGGAGAGAGACAAGUUUGACAACAAGACGGUGACGUUUGAGGAGCACAUCAAGGAGGAGCACAACAUGUGGCACUACCUGUUCUUCAUAGUGCUGGUCAAAGUGAAGGAUUCCACAGAGUACACUGGCCCCGAGAGCUACGUCGCUGAGAUGAUCAAGGAGCACAAUCUGGACUGGUUCCCGCGGAUGCGUGCGAUGUCGCUGGUGAGCAGUGACGCGGAAGGCGAACAGAACGAGAUCAGAAAUCUGCAAGAGAAGCUGGAGUCAGCCAUGAGGCUGGUAUGCAAUCUGUCUGGACAGCUCACGGAGCUCAAGGAGCAGAUGACAGAGCAGAGGAAACAAAAGCAGAGGAUUGGACUCCUGGGCCACCCCCCUCACAUGAACGUCAAUCCCCAGCAGCCAGCCUGAGGAGAACCGUGGGGUGGGUACCACCUCCUCCACCCAGGACCCUUACCCAGGACCCUAACCCAGGACCACUCACAUGAAGGAGAUCCUGACAUUACAGUGCCUUCUUCUGACAGUCAAUGUAGUGUACAGGAGUAUGCCAAAGUGUGUUUGUACAGUAGUAGUGUGCCUGACUCAUGGGCUUUAGAGAGUGAGUAUGUACAGUAUGAAGGAAUUUGUGUGUAGAAUGCCUUAAUGAACACUUAGUGUUUAUGAAACUAGUGCACAUUAGGAGAUGGGGCAUAUGCAUGUAGUGUACGUGAGUGUGUCUAUGUACUGUGCACACGAGUUUGAGUGGGUGGAUGAGGAAUGUAUGGAGUGUGCAAAAAGUGCCCCUGGACUUGAGAAGAAGGAACCAGUCAUGUAAGUUUAGGUUGUAAAAAUUACUCAAGUGAAAAUGCCUUAGGUUGUCUUAAUACCCUUAAUGCCUUGUCCAUCUUCCUUGCCACUUUGAAUGGGUGACAAAGGUUCUACUCCCCCAUUGGUCUUGAUGUAUUUGGUGAACUUGAAGUCUCAGCCAAUUGCAACACAAGACUCUUGAGACACAACACUCUCGUGUUGAAGGACACUUCCCUCUUUUUUAUAUAUUUGUAACCUGGCAAACAGUAUUUCAUAUCUUAUUUUUGUACGAGGUGCAAUACCAAUACUUUACGAUAUGCAACCACAAAGAUGUUUAAUCUGUACAUAAUAUCUGUUGGAGAUGGUGUGAGUUUUUUUAGAUGGCUUUGUUAUUUUAUUUAUAUACAGUGCCUUCAGAAAGUAUUCAUACCCCUUGACUUAUUCCACAUUUUGGAAUAAGUCAAGGGGUAUGAAUACUAAAUUCUAAAUGGAUUGUUUUUGUUUUUCUUACCCAUCUGCACACAAUAUCCCAUUAUGACAAAGUGAACAUUAUUUUAGACAUUUUAGCAAAUGUAUUGAAAAUGAAAUACAGAAAUAUCUCAUUUACAUAAGUAUUCACAGUCCUGAGUCAAUACUUUGUGGGAGCACCUUUGGCAGCGCUUACAGCUGUAAGUCUUUAUGGGUAAGUCUCUUAAGAGCUAUCCACACCUGGAUUGUGCAACAUUUGCCUGUUAUUCUUGUAAAAGAAAUAUCAAGCUCUAUCAAAUUGGUUGUUGAUAAUUGCUAGACAACCAUGCUCAGGUCUUGCCUUUUUGGUAAGCAACUCCAGUGUAGAUUUGUCUGGUAGAAAGCAGACUGAACCAGGUUUUCCUUUAGGAUUUUGCCUGUGCUUAGCUCCAUUCCAUUCAUUUUUUAUCUUGAAAAACUCCCCAAUCCUUAACGAUUACAAGCAUACCCAUAACGUGAUGCAGCCACGACUAUGCUUGAAAAUAUGGAGUGGUACUCAGAAAUGUGUUGUAUUGGAUUUUCCCCAAACAUAACUUUAUUCAGGACAAAAAGUGAAUUGCUUUAUCAGUUUUUUUGCAGUAUUACUUUAGUGCCUUGUUGCAAACAGGAUGCAUGUUUUUGAAUAUUUAUAUUCUGUACAAGCGUCCUUAUUUUCACUGUGUCAAUUAGGUUGGUAUUGUAGAGUAACUACACUUUGUUGAUCCAUCCUCAGUUUUCUUCUAGCACAGCCAUUAAACUCUGUAACUGUUUUAAAGUCACCAUUGGCCUCAUGGUGAAAUCCCUGAGUGGUUUCCUUCCUCUCAGGCAACUGAGUUAGGAAGGACGACUGUACCUUUGUAGUGACUGGGUGUAUUGAUAGACCAUGCGCAAAUGCAUAUUCAAUCUCUGCUUUUAAACCAUGUGUACCCAUCUACCAAUAGGUGCCCUUCUUUGCGAUUGAAAAAACUCAUGGUUCUUUGUGGUUGAAUCUGUGUUUGAAAUUCACUGCUUGACAGAGGGACCUUCACCAUAAUUAUAUGUGUGUGGGGUACAGAGAUGAGGUAGUCAUUCAAAAAUCAUGUUAAACACUAUUAUUGCACUCAGUGAGUCCAUGCAACUUGUUAAACACAUUUUUACUCCUGAAGUUGUUUAGGCUUGCCAUAAAGGGGUUGGAUACUUAUUGACUCGAGACAUUUCAGCAUUUUGUAAAAAGAAUAAUUGAAAACAUAAUUCCCCUUUGAUAUUAUGGGGUAUUGUGUGUAGGCCAGUGACAAAAAAAUCUCAAUUUAAUCCGUUUUAAAUUCCGUCUGUAACACAACAAAAUGGGGAAGAAGUCGAUGUCUGAACACCUAAGUCGCUGUAUUUCAAUGGCCAAAUAGAAUUGUGACCACCUUUAAGACUUAUUCCAAUAUUUUUUUGACCAAUAAUCUACAAAUGAGACAAUAAAGACAGUAUUUUUGUGAAAAGAAAACUCAACACAAAAGUCCAUAUGCACAGCAUGGGUAUCAUGCUAAAGCCAGCAGUGUUGGUUUUCAAACACAUGAGUUUGUGUGCAUAUUAUCCGUACUAUACAGUGCAUUCGGAAAGUAUUCAAAAAGUAUUUGACUUUUUCCACAUUGUUACGUUACAGCCUUAUUCUAAAAUGGAAUAACUUUUUUUUCCUCAUCUACACACAAUAACCCAUAAUGACAAAGCAAAACAUCUUUUUUUGCAGAUUUAUUACAAAUACAAAAACUGAAAUUACAUUUACAUACGUAUUCAGAUCCUUUACUUAGUACUUUUGGCAGCAAUUACAGCCUCGAGUCUUCUUGGGUAUGACGCUCCAAGCUUGGCACACCUGUAUUUGGGGAGUUUCUUCUCUGCAGAUCCUCUCAAACUCUGGCAGGUUGGAUGGGGAGCAUUGCUGCACAGCUAUUUUCAGGUCUCUCCACAGAUGUUCGAUGGGGUUCAAGUCCGGGCUCUUGCUGCACCAGUCAAGGACAUACAGAGACGUGAUCUGAAACCACCCCUGAGUUAUCUUGGCUGUGUACUUAUGGUCAUUGUCCUGUUGGAAGGUGAACCUUAACUCCAGUCUGAGGUCCUGAGCACUCUGGAGCAGGUUUUCAUCAAGGAUCUCUCUCUGUACUUUGCUCCAUUCAUCUUUGCUUCAAUCCUGGCUAGUCUCCAAGUCCCUGUAUCUGAAAAACAUCCCCACAGCAUGAUGCUGCCACCACCAUGCUUCACCGUAGGGAUGGUGCCAGGUUUCUUCCAGACGUGACACUUGGCAUUCAGGCCAAAGAGUUCAAUUUAGGUUUCAUCAGACCAGAGAAUCUUGUUUCUCAUGGUCUGAGAGUCUUUCGGUGCCUUUCGGCAAACUCCAAGCGGGCUGUCAUGUGCCUUUUACUGAGGAGUGGCUUCCGUCUGGCCACUCUACCAUAAAACCUGAUUGGUGAGUUGCUGCAGAGAUAGAUGGUUCUCCUUCUGGAAGUUUCUCCCAUCUCCACAGAGGAACUCUAGAGCUCUGUCAGAGUGACCAUCGGGUUCUUGGUCACCUCCCUGACCAAGGCCCUUCUCCCCAAUUGCUCAAUUUGGCCUGGUGGACAGCUCUAGGAAGAGUCUUUGUGGUUCCAACCUUCUUCCAUUGAAGAAUGAUGGAGGCCACUGUGUUCUUCGGGACCUUCAAUGCUGCAGAAAUCUUUUCGUACCCUUCCCCAGAUCUGUGCCUCGACACAAUCCUGUCUCGGACUUGGUUUUUGCUCUGACAUGCACUAUCAACUGUGGGAACUUAUAUAGACAGGUGUGUGCCUUUCAAAUCAUGUCCAAUCAAUCCACCACAGGUGGACUCAAAGUUGUAGAAACAUCUCAAGGAUGAUCAUUGGAAACAGGGUGCACCUGAGCUCAAUUUCGAGUAUCAUAGCAAAGAGGCUGAUUGCUUAUCUAAUUAAGGUAUUUCUAUUUUUUUUAUGUUUGAUACAUUUGCUAAAAAUUUAAAAUUAAAUACGUUUUUACUUUGUCAUUAUGGUGUAUUGUGUAUAGAUUUGAGGAUUUUUUUUUAUUUAAUUCAUUUUAGUAUAAGGCUGUAAUGUAACAAUGUGGAAAAAGUCAAGGGGUCUGAAUACUUUCCGAAGACAUUGUAUAUGUUUAUUUUCUUAUAUUCUAAUUUGAAGUUAUCUGAUCAUUCCCAGGAAGCUUUUAGGAUGAGGACCUAAGGUUACUGUUUGAGGUCAUAUUUGUGAUGUCAUAUGAUAUCCCAAGGUUCCUGUAGCAUAUUUCCCUGUUUGUACUGUGUAUAUCCCCUGUAGAUGGUUCUUGUGAGCAUUAUGAGGGAGGGUGUAGAAGGAGAAAAGACAAGGAGUCACACUGAAGGAGUCAACACAUUGGUAUUGCUUAUGUCAUACAUUGGGAGCACACUAAACACCUAAGUGAGAACCUUGUUUUGAUAUGUUGGCUCUGAAUUACAUUCUAUAUUUACAUCCAUUUCUGCUAUCUAAUCUUUCAGCACUGAUUAUUAUGUUAUUAUUGCUUGUAGCACAUGAAUGAAUUAAGUUUACUUGUCACUUUGUUUGGUGAAGGGCCUUCCGUGAAGAGAGGUGUCCUGGUUUGAUUGCAGUGUUUAUGUAAAGAAAUCCACAGAGUACUAAUAUAAAAGAUUUGGAGUGCUGUUUGACCAAAGUUUCUUUCAAACCUACUAUAUAAAACAUGCUGUCUGAAAUUUACAUUCCAUUCUUUAAAAGUCUAUUCAUUAAAGAUGUGUUAGACGUUCA